AUGGGCGAGACGCGGCCAUGCAUCGCCCCGCUCCAUUUUCCCACCACUCAAGUGUUGCGUGCCCGCACAAAGCAGCAAACAGAAUCAGAGUGCACACAAACCCAAUCAAUCCCCUCACUCGCUGAAGCACAUUAUUCGCAUGGAGUGACAACAUUUGGGGACACACCAGCAGUAGCAGAAGGCAUGGAAUUUCCCUGCCAACCCCGCGAAGAGACACAACAACUCUGCGGAGUCAAAGCGGCAGCCUCUCGAUGUUGCCCGCAGUUCACAUGGCAGGAAGAAUUCCACGCACGCAUAGUUCCGGACACCUCGCUGUUUGAGUGCACAUCAACAGAACAUGUGAAAAAAAUACCUGCGCGCAAGACGGCAAUUAAACACGUGAAAAGUCGGUCUGUUUUCUCCGAUGGCGCUGGCGAGCAGUCCUACACAAUCCAAUCAAAGUGA